UGAUACCAUUGUGCUUUUUGCGUUGCGUUUGGAGGAAGAAGAAAAAAAGUUUUUUUUUCCCUUUCUAUCAUAUCGUCCAUCUCUCAUCAUGGCAGAGGGACCAAAAUAUACUGUGCGGCCCUUCUCCAAGCCCGCUCGCACUGAUUUGAAAGAUGCUUUUAGAGUCUAUCUAUCGCCUGCAUCAUUACUGCAGCUCAGAGUACGAGCGGGAGAUGCGUGCUUAUUGACUUCACACGAAGGCAUCCAAGCGACUGUCAUUGCUUGGACGGCUCCAGAGAAAAUACAAGAUACGGUCGUGCAGACGUCCAAAACUCUCCAGGCAGCAUGUCGUUUGAAGCUGGGCGAAAAACUCUCUUUGAUCAAGCAGGAAACUCUUGUUCCAGAUGCAGAUACUUUUUUCCUGGCUGAUAUCACGCAGUAUGCCGAAAAAGAAGAGGCGUGGACUGGGAAUGAUGAGUCUCAUUGGGAAUGGUAUUUGGAGUAUAUUCUAGGCAGGGCGGAGUUUAUUACUCCAGGCAUGGUCUUUGACCAUGUCGAUUUGAAAGGCUCCAAGAAGAGUUUUCGUGUGCUAAAGGCACGUUCAUCCAAGGAGACAAAAGGAGCGUUAAAUACCCUCUACAAAUGCACAAAAGAGUCAAAAGUGAAGCUGCGCGAACCAUCCCCGGAAGAAGUGCAGGAUGAAUCUAGGUCUAUUCGUUUCGAGAUUUCCUCUGGUAGCAUCGGCGGGCUCCACUCUCAGGUUCGACAAAUUAAUGAGCGCCUUUCGAUUCUGAACUCGGAUCAGUAUGGGCUGAGAAUGCCUCACUACUACCGCCGACGAGGAGGUAUUCUGCUCUAUGGCCCUACCGGUACUGGCAAGACCUUACUUCUUAACAAGCUCGCGGCUCUUUCCUGGCGCAAGAUAGUCACAGUCGACAGCUCAAUCAUAGGCCGCUAUGUCGGCGAUAGUGAGGCGUCAAUCAGGAAACUCUUCCUAGAAGCUCGCAAUAAUCAACCUAGCUUGAUAGUCAUGGAUCAGCUAGAAGUUAUUGCGACCAAGAGCGGGCGUUCUGAGAGCGCGGCUUCUACCAAUAUACCCCUCACGAUAGCCUCUGAACUGGACAAGCUCGAAGGCACACGAGUGUUUGUGGCAGCGGCAACUCGCAAGCCGAACGAGAUUGAGGAGUCUCUACGCGCUCCAGGAAGGCUUCAAUACGAGAUUGAGAUCCCGAUUCCUGAUGCCAACGCCCGAGUGGAGAUUCUCAAGGCCCUCCAGGGCCUAUCGAUCGGCACACAGGACUCCACAUCCGAGCGCCUGGGCGAACGCACACACGGUUAUGUUGGUGCCGAUCUCGAUGCCAUUAUACAACUCUCUGCAGAAAAGGCUCGGUCGCGAUAUAUGCGGGCGAUGCCUCCUUCAAAACCUGCUCGGCCAGCUGCAACCGAAAUGGACGGCCUGGAAAACGGCGAAACUGACGAAGAGCAAGAUGCGCGUUUAAUUAAGGUCUCGCAAGACGACAUUGAUAAUGCUCUCCUCGAGAUUCGCCCCACCGCCAUGCGAGAGGUCUUUCUUGAAGCGCCCAAAGUUCGAUGGAGUGACAUUGGUGGCCAGGAAGAAGUUAAGCAAAAUCUACGUGAAAUUGUCGAAUGGCCAUUCAAGUACCCCGAACGCAUGAAACGUCUCAAUAUUGAGACCAAGAAAGGCCUCCUCCUCUACGGCCCCCCCGGCUGCUCCAAGACCCUGACAGCGAAAGCUCUCGCCACUGAAGCCGGACUCAACUUCAUUGCAGUCAAAGGCGCCGAACUGAUCAGCAUGUACGUCGGCGAAUCCGAGCGCGCAAUCCGAGAAGUCUUCCGCAAAGCCCGCGCCGCAAGCCCGAGCAUUAUUUUCUUCGACGAGAUCGACUCCAUCGCCGCGUCGCGAGACAGCGGACACCAAUCGAGUGGACUCAACGUUUUGACAACCUUGCUGAAUGAAAUGGACGGCAUUGAAAUCCUCAAAGGCGUCCUUGUCCUCGCCGCAACCAACAAGCCUGAGAUCCUGGACCCCGCUUUGAUGCGGCCCGGCCGAUUAGAUACGAUUCUUUAUGUCGGUCCGCCCGAUUUCGCUGCCCGGAAGGAGAUCCUCAAGAUUAAAACCACCAAGAUGGACGUAUCUCCAGAAGUAGACCUGGAUGCUCUCGCAGAGAAACUAGAGGGUUACUCUGGCGCCGAGAUUGUCGCGGUCUGCGAACGAGCAGGGUAUGCGGCGUUUGGAGAGUGCGAACGGACAGGUGUCGAGGAACAAAUAGGCACAAGACAUUUCGAGUUUGCCUUGACAAAGGUCGUGAGGCAGAUUACCGAUGAAGUCAGGGAACAGUUUGAGAAUUGGAGCGUAGGUGGAACGAAGAAGUUGUAAAGUGUUUGAUUGUGAUACCUCUUUGCUUGGACUACCUGUAAAUAGCCCUGUGUAGAGUAUAUGUACAUAUGAUUUACGUAUAUAAAAUAUCUUUAUCUAUCAGUCGUCAAGAGGCUUUCUCGUCUGCGGGGU